CGUGGGCGUGGCUGCUGCCCACUUCCUCCGAAUGGCCUUCCGCGCGCACGUGCUCGCCGACUUCGAUGCGGAGGCGGAGGGUGAGCUUUCGGUGUCGCGCGGUCAGUUUGUCCAUGUCUGCGCCGAGGAGGCGCCCGAAGGCUGGUGCAUCAUCGAGGCCGAUGGCGGCCGAGGUCUCGUCCCGUGGUACUUCCUCGUUUCGGCGGCGCACGCUGAGGUGGACGCGGCAGAGGCAACGGCCGCGGCGGCGGCGCUCGCUUCCAGCGACGACGACUACGACCUCGACCCCGACCGUGGCCACACGCUGCGGCGGCCAGUGGCGGCAGCAGAUGCGGCGGACGCCGGCUGCGGCGCAUACGGCCUCAAGGACGUGCCCGAGGGUGGCUUCGUGACGGAGGUGCGGGCAAUGCGCGGCACUGCCGGCCUCGGCCUCGAUCUCGACAACCAGAACAUCGUGCGGCGCAUCUCGCCCGGGUCGAUGGCGGAGCAGCAAGGCUUGCUGCACGUCGGCGACGUCAUCCUCGAGGUGGACGGCCAGACUCUGCGUGGCGGUGUCGCCAAUGGAGGCCAGUCGGUUCCACAGGUCAUGGCCCCGGGGCAGCCAGCAUACCGCUUCAAGAUCUACCGGCCCCCGUUUGACGAGUCGCGGCAGGCUGCCCUCUCCAAGGACAUCAUGUCGACGCAGCGGCUGCAAGCCAUCGCGGACGGCGAGACGAUGGCGCGCGGCGCGUCGCCCAAGACCAACUAUGUCUCGCACGGCGGGCGGCAGGUGUCCGCCGACAGGCGCUCGCGCGCACGCGCGGCCACCAAUCGGCCGAUGGACCAGCUCAAGGCGUGGUCCAUCUCCGACAUCCAAGACACGCUGCGGAGGAACGUGGCCGCCGGCCCAGCAAAGGCGGCGGCGGCGAAGCAGAUGCCUGGCGGCUUUGGCAUCGGCGCCGUUCCCGCACCCGGGGUCGAGCGACCCGCAGGGAGCGCGAGAGCGGGCGCGAUGGCGCGGGCCGAGGCCCACAAGGCGCCGGCGGGCACUGUGCUCCUCGGCCCGACCCUGGAGCAGAAGGAGCGCACGGGCAGCGACGCGACGCCGCACGGCGGCGUGGAGGAGGACGACCUCUUUGGGCAGAUCGAUGCGGUGGUGUCGGCACAGUCGUCGGGCGGCGCGACGGCCGCCAACCUCGCCACCGCUUCAGCAGACGCCGAUUCCGGUCUUCGCGCCAUCGCGGGAGAGGCGCCCGAGCUAGAGCGCCCGGCAGUCGGUGCGGACGGAGGAGGCGGCGGCGGCGGCGGCGGCGGCGGCGGCGGCGGCGACAGCGACGACAAGCCGAUCGCCGCCAUCACGGGCGGCACGGUGCCGGCGUGGGUCUUUAACGAGUACACGGCAGCGGCAGACCGCUCCCCCGGGGAGGUCGAGACGGCCCAGCUCAACCGGCCAAAGGCGCCGGGCCGCGCCAAGUCCAAGCUGGCGCCCCCGAGCGCUGCGGCCGCGGCGGGGCCCGCCGCGCCGCCGCCCGCCCGCCCGCCGCCCGCGCAGUCCGAGCCGGCGCUGCAGAAGAAGAAGAGCUGGAUCGGCGGCCGCAAGACGGCUGCGUCGCCUGCCAAGGGUGCCGCGACCCCCCAGUGGGUCCCCGAGGGGGGGGCGCCUGCUGCGGAGCGCCCAAAGUGGAAGCCGCCGCCCAAAGACCAGAACGCCAACGUGCCCAACCCGGUGCGCAUGGUGACGGGUGCGUCGGCCACCCCGCCGAACAAGGGCGGGCGGCCCGCCGGCAACGUCCGGGCGCCCCCCGAGCCGCCCGACUACGUCGCCACGAUGCGCAUGGAAGACAUGCUGCGCGAGGCGGCGGCAGCGGCGCCGGCCGAGGCGGCCGAGUUCCAAGCGGUGCUCGCAAAGUACGAGGGGCACCCGGGCGUGCAGCGCAAGUUGGCGCAGGAGGAAGCGGGCGCGCGACAGCGCAACCUCGAGCUGAACCGCCCCGCCUACUUCGAGUUGCGCAGCCGCAUCCCCGACAAGGUCGGCUUGGUGGAGCCCAAGGACCAAAAGGGGCUCGAGAAGGUUGGCUGCUCGCCCGAGCUGGCGCGGGCGAUCCUAGACCGGCCGGCGCUGCGCAUGCUCCGCGCCACGCGCGCGCAGCUCGACAUUGCAAAGGCGGCCGUCCUCAAGCCGCUCCAGAUCGACGGCACUCUGACGGAGCUAGAGGCGCGCGCGGUGGCCUACGCGCUGCCAGAGGCGCCGUACGACCGCAACUCGCCAGAGGGGCUGCAGCGCGAGGCGUGGCGCAUCUCGAACAAACAGUCGUUCGAGGCGCUCGAGGCAUCGGGCGGCUUCGCCGCCGCCGCGCCCGCCGCCGCCGCGCCGCCGCUGCAGAAGAAGUCGUCUUCGUCGACGGGGUUCAAGCUCAACCUGAGCGCCGUGAACAAGCCGGCGGUGGGGAGCGGCAAGCCGGUGGCGGUGCCCCACACGCCAAAGGACCAGGUGGUUGCCGCUCUUGACAGCCGGCCGCCCGUGGCCAAUGGCGACACCACGAUCUUGCCGGGCGGCACACAGCCAGCCGCGCCGUGGGCGGGCGAUGGUGGCGAGGCGUCAGCCACGCUAGCGAAGCGGCGGCGGAGCGAUGAGAAGGCGCGCGCAAAGGCUCUCGCCAGCCGGACGGCGGAUGAGUCGGCGUACGGCGGCGUGGAGCUCGAGGAGAAGCUCGGGC